CUUAGCUUCUGGAAGCUUCACGCCCACCUUGGUGGGCUCCUGGAUGGACCGAAUGCUUAGCCUGCUGCUGGCUGCUGGGCUGGGCAGCGGCGUGGCCUUGGCCUUGGUACAACUGCAGGCCAAACGAAGGAAAGGGCGGCGCACGCGGGUGGCGCUGGUGGAUAAUGGUUCGUUAAAGCCUGAGGCCACCAAGUCACUGCGGCGCCUAGCGAGCAGCUUGUCGAAGCGCUCGCAGCUGCAGGUGGAGGCGGUCUCCGCACGCUUCGCGGUGGACGGGACGUGAAGGGUGUGGCAGAGGAGCGGAAGAUGGAGGUCACGUCCUUCCUUGAAGCUGAUCGCAUCAAGGCGGAGCACCUGGACGGGCGCAAAGGGGAAGUCUUGGAGGGCUGGCUGAAGCGGGUGAGCGAGGAGGAUCCUGCAGCCCAGGUGCGUUUACUGCCUCUGCUCAUUGGCCCCAGCGACACAUUGACCAAAUCAAUGCCUACGGCUGCCCGAGCACACAGCGGACUGGAGGUGGAGAUGGGCGCACCGCUGGUGUGCCUUUGCCCUGCACUCUUUGGUGGUGAGGUGACCGGCGCCGAGGCACUGGCUCAGAUGCUCCACGAGCGGUUGCAGGACAUCGAGCUGCAACCCACGGAUACGGUGCUCCUGUGCGACCACGGCUCCCCGGUGAUCCGGGUGGCCAACGCGAAGGUGGCCGUGCAGCGGGCGCUGGCCACGCUGCUUCAGCGUGACGUCCUUCCCUGCUGCAUGGAGCGGCGCGAGGGCGAGGCGUACGACUUCAAUGGCCCCUUGUUGGAAGCCUCCUUGGAGGCCUUGCCAUCGAAGGCCUCCGCGAAGGUGGCGCUGCUCUUCCUGCAGGAGGGCCGGCAUGCGGGGCCUGGUGGGGACAUCGAGAAGAUCAUCCAAAAUGCUGCUCAGAAGCGCCCGGACCUCUCAAUCCGGAGCACCUCCGUCUUGGCAGGCCAUCCGGCACUGGAGGAGCUGCUCUUGACACGCUUGGACAACACGGUGCCCUUGCGCUUCUUCCACUGAGCUUGUGAGCAGGUUUCAGGAAAUCAAGAUUUCUCCAGAUGACUGACUCGGGAACGAGCAAACGAAGC